AUGUCCACAUUCUUUGAUGAAAUGAAGAAAUCCUUUGCUGAUGUUAAAGUCAGUGAAGGUAAAAUCGAUACUAGUGAUUUCUUACAAGCAUCUGAAUCCUUAGUUAAAUUAUUUGACUUAUUGGGAUCUUCAGCCUUUGCAGUUGUUCAAAAGGAUAUGACUGGUAAUAUUGAAAAGAUCAGAAAGAAGUUAUUAUCAGAUCCUAUUAACUCAUCAACUUUACAAGAUUUAAUUCUUGGUGAAGCUCAAGGUAAAGAUAAAACUGCUACUCAAGGUUUAUUAUGGUUAUCAAGAGGUUUAGAAUUCACUUGUCAAGCAAUGGUUGAAACUGUUACUAACCCAACCAGUGAAUUAACCAAAACUUUCACCGAUUCUUACAGUAAAACUUUAUCCAAACACCAUGGUAUGUUAAUCAAACCAGUUUUCAAAUUAGCUAUGAAAGCUUGUCCUUAUAGAAAAGAUUUCUUUGCCAAAUUAGGAGCUGAUCAAGAUAAAGUUAAUGAACAAUUAAAAACCUGGUUAGAUGCUUUAGAAAAAAUCGUUAAGAUUAUCAUGGACUUUUUCACUUCAGGUAAUUAUGGUAAAGGUUUAUAG